AAGGUCCGGGCGUGGCGGCGGCGGGAGCGGCCCAGGCGUGUCCGGCGCGGGCUGGGACAGCCGGUCUCGCACAGCUUCGCUGACAUCACGCUCCCGUUCCAAAGUUGCCCUCCCAGUGCGCUGCUUUUGGCUGGGGCGGAGUUAAUUUUCUUCGCAGUGGCUGGCGUGCAUGGAGGGCAGUGCAAUGGCUGUCACGGUAAAAGAAUGCCUGGAGCUCCAGCUGCUGGAAGUGGAAAUGCUGCUUUCGAUGUUUCCCAAAAGAGGGGAGUUCAGUCUGGAUAAGGAUGCCGUGCCCAGCAUCCAGCGCUACCUGAGGAACGCUGACGGAGCCCUGCCCCCACAGCUGGAAUAUCGCAUCGCUCUUGAUGUAGGGGAGGCGAAGGCAAAGGUGGAAUUGCAGGUUCUCCUUCCUCAUAUGUAUCCUCAGGUAGCUCCUCAGCUCUUUGCCAGAUCAGAUGCUCUGCACAGACAGCAGCAGUUGCAGCUCAAUACUCAUCUCGCGUCUCACAUCAGCUCUCUGGAUUCAGGAGAUCUGUGUGUUUGUGAGGCUGUGCAGUGGGUGAAGGACAACAGCCUGCCUUUCUUGGAAAACAGUAAGACCUCGUCUGAGUGUGCUUCAAAAGAAGUCAGGGUUAAGGAAAUGCUGCAUCGCAUGUGGAUCUACAGCCAUCACAUAUACAGGCAGGAACUGAGGAAAAAGAUUUUUGACUGUGCAAAGAAAUUAAAUCUGACUGGCUUCUGUCUAACUGGGAAACCUGGUGUCAUCUGUGUGGAGGGACUCCAAGAAAACUGUGAAGAGUUCUGGCGUGAUAUUAGAUAUCCCAACUGGAAGCAUAUUUCAUGCAAGCAUGUGGAGAAUAUGGAAACGGAGGGAAGCAUUGAUAAUCUUCGUCUCUUUCAUGGUUUUGAAGACCUGCAGUUUCAGGCACAUGGUGAUUAUGGCCUGAGGAAUGACUAUCACAUGGAUCUUGGCCAGUUUCUAGAAUUCCUGAAACAGCACCAAAGUGGACACAUUUUUCAAAUUUUAUUUGGUGUUGAAGGCAAACUUUCAGACAAUUGAGAGAAACUGAAUAAAGAGUUCUAAUUUUGGAGAGUGGGAGAUGUUGCUAACACUGAAAUAUUGUGCCUUACAGCUAUUGUGAAAAGGGAAACUUUAACAUCUGAGAUGAAUGGUUCAAGUAGUUAAUCUCAGCUUCUGUGCUGAAUCGUCACAUAUUUUUGAGACGUGUUCAGUGAUUUUUUAGGACUUUAAAACUGGCAUUUGUCUCUAUGAGCCAUGCCUCAACGCACUUGCAAAGUGAUAAACAUUCCGCAGGGUGUUAGGAAUUAUACACUUCUGUCUCCUCAUC